GUCCAGCCUACAACGACAGACAUGAUUUGUCUCCAGGGAAUGGCUUCCCCUUGGCUGAUUUAAUACCUGACAUUUUCAUGCCAUCGCUCGUGCAGUUGUACUGCCAUGGGAACUCAAUUCGUUAUUAUUCGGAUCUCACCUGUUAAAUUAAAUAUUGACUGAACUCCCCAUUCACCCACUCGAAUUAUGCAUUCCCGAUUGACAACUCCAUUAUGACUAUUAUUAAAAUAAUUGGCGCGGUGGGGGCGUUUUUUGGAUUAAUAACCAUCACAGGAUGUCUGACUAUUCUCGCUCUCCUUUCAAGAAUUCUGGAAUUUUGCUUUAUUCUCGUACCACCCGUGUGUCUAUUUCUCCUGCAGAAAAGCCGAAUAUUAAUAAGCUCUUCGAUCGUCGGGUGUGGUCAGAUGACCUGUCGGGUACUGAGCAGAAUAUCCUCCAGGUGCCCAAGUGAAUCCAGACUGGAAAUUGCUGGUAAUCGCACCAUCGAAUUUCCAUUGCACCCUUCGUCUUACAAUCCAGAAAUUGGAAUUGGAAUUGUACCAGUUGCGGUGCCAUAUACAAGGACGAAUAUUGAUACUGAGCAUCUUGAGGAAUUCAGUGCAAAUUCCAAUCAGGAAAUAAUACCGGAAAUCGAAGAAGAGGACGAAAAUAUGAGGCUAAAUUGAGAAUGAAUCGUUGUAAAAUGAGAGAAAAAAUUUUCUAUCCACUGGAACUUCAUUUUAAAAUCAUCCUGUCAAAUUAAAAUGAAAAAAUCGUUGAAUAAUUGGAAUUUUCACGGAUUUCCACGUGGAAAUCGACCAAGAGAAUUUUUCCCAUUAUUCCUUCCUAGAGAGAAAAAUUUCCCAAGAAAAGUUCUCCCCAUGUACUUUAAAAAGUUUUAAAUUCUCUCGCCCUUCCAGAUCCCUCAAGUUCUAUCGAUGAAUGUAAUUAAAGUAAGGAAGGAUUUUUCUAUUUAAUUAAAAUCUAGAGGGAUUCCUCCGCAAGUGUU